UGCCUCUAGUUUACAAUCCUGGCACCACAACCGCAGCUGCAGCAAUGGCCGCCUUUCGCAGAGUGGCAGUCCUGGCCGGGAAGUUCAGCGUCUGGUGUGCGGGGAAAGGCGAGCUCACGGCCGGACAGACGCUCGGAGGCAGAGGUCGGGGGUAUUUGACAGCUGGGGUGUGUCUGGCAACCGGAGGUGUCGUGGCGUAUUAUUUCUACAAUGAUUUGACACGCGACAGAGAGAGGAACAGGAUGGAGAGACGCGGCAUCAAUGCUCCGGGUUUACUGCCCCUCAUCCCGACCGUCGAAGCCAAAGACAAGACUCUUGUGUUUGACUUUGAGACCGGGGAUGUGCACAUGUCGUCUCAUGAAUAUCGGUUCCGGAUGUUCAGCUCUGUUGAAUAUGAAGGACAGCUCUACAUGACGCCUCAAAACUUCAUCGAGUCUGUGACCAUGAGCGAACCCAGAAACAAGAGGCCCUGGAAGUCCCUGACCAAACAGGAACUAGAGAAGAUUCUCACAGACACUCCACCAGUUUGGAGAGGAUCAUCCAAACUGUUUCGAAAUCUCCGAGAACGAGGUAUCAUCUCCUACACAGAGUACCUUUUCCUGCUCUGUAUCCUCACAAAACCUCAUGCUGGCUUCAAGAUUGCUUUCAAUAUGUUUGAUGCAGACGGUAACCAGAUGGUGGACAAGAGGGAGUUCUUAGUGCUACAGGAAAUAUUUCGGAAAAAGAAUGAGAAGAGAGGACGAAAAGGUGAUGCAGAAAAAUCAGCUCAGUUGACUAUGCAGCUGUAUGGAUAUCAGGUUGCCCCCGUGAACAGCGUGCAAAAAAGAGAGAGUCAGGAGUUUGUGGCGCGGAGUUACUGGGACGUUCUGAGGCGAGGGGCCAGUCAAGUCCUGUUCUCUGACCUGGCAGAGCGCGCAGAUGAAAACAUGACCAUUGACACAACACUACUGGUCCAUUUCUUUGGGAAGAAAGGAAAGGCAGAGCUGACGUUUGAUGAUUUUUACAGAUUCAUGGACAACCUCCAAACAGAGGUGCUGGAGAUUGAGUUUCUGACUUACUCAAAAGGGAUGACCACCAUCAGUGAGGAGGACUUUGCCAAGAUUCUGCUGCGCUUCACCAAUGUUGAGAAUAUCAAUGCUUAUCUGGAGAACGUCCGGCAGUCUAUCCCAGAUGAGAAGGGAAUCACAUUUGAUGAGUUCAGAUCAUUCUUCCAGUUUCUCAACAACCUAGAGGACUUUGCUAUAGCCAUGCAGAUGUACACCUUUGCAGCACGUUCUAUUGGACAAGAUGAAUUUGCAAGAGCUGUGUAUGUUGCCACGGGUCUGAAGCUGACACGUCAUCUCGUCAACACAAUUUUUAAGAUCUUUGAUGUUGAUCAUGAUGAUCAGCUGUCACACAAAGAGUUCAUUGGCAUCAUGAAGGACAGACUACACAGGGGGGCACGGGGGUACAAAUCUGUGGAGCGUGCCACUUCAUUUCGCUCGUGUCUGAAGAAAGAAUUGGCUAACAGGUAAACAUUUCGUCUCUCUAUGACAAGGUCAACCAGCUCCAUGAAAAGAAAGAUGACAAUGAUGGGAUACCGGAGACCAAAAAUAUAUGCACAGAAUAUGCAUAGAUCUUAUUUUAUUUUCCUGAAUGUUCACCUUGAUUAUGCAGUUUCCAAUAUGCAAAUGUGUAUAUUUAUAUUAUAGCCUAGAGGCCUAUAGGUAAGGCUAGUUUAGAGUUUUUUCAGUUGGUUCAAUUUGCAAACAAAUGAGUGUUAAUGCACUUUCAAUCAAAAUUGUUCAGUCCAACUGGAAAACUGGAGUUGAUUAGACAUCAGGCGUUAUUUUUUAUCAUGCUGUAGUUGAUCUGCAUCAGCAUGACCUAUUUUUCAUAACAUAUAUUUGAAUUCAUUUUUUUUUAUUUUUUAAAAGAUUGUAGAUAUUACUAGGCUACAAAGAAAAUACCUUUGCCAUAACUUUACGCACCUUUUGUAUUCAGAGUAGGCUAUAGCCUAUUGGUACAAACUUUGAGUUGGUCAAUGUGGUGUGCUAAUACAUUUUUGGUUCAUAAGAAAAUAUUAAAUAAAUGCUUCAAAUGACAAAGCACAACAGUAAACAGGCCAAAUUGUUAAUGACAGUUCAACACAUUCCAUUUAUUUAUGCUAAAUAUUAAUAAUAAUUCACAUGUAACUAUUAUUUGUGCACCUUUUCUCCUAUUUUUCCCAUAAUAUGCAGCAAGAUGAAGGCCUCUAGGUCUGUAGGCAAAUGUUGACUGAGACUGUACAAUAUUAAUGCUAUAGUUACACAUUUUGGUUUAUUCAGAAUGCACUUUUGUAAACACUGAAGUCAAGUGCAUCACACGUGUUUUGUGUACAGCCACGUGCAUGAAAUAAAUGUUUCUAAUCAUUUU